AUGAUCCUGUUUUUGUCAACUAUCUUCCUGUUUCUUUCUUUUGCGAGUAAUGCUAAUGCGUACAACUGGACGAAGUAUCAUUCCAAUAAUGAGGUGGCAAGUAUUCUAGCAGAAGUAAAUGAGAAAUGUAAAAACAUAUCAUUUUUCUAUCAUCUCGAAACGAGGAGAACUGAUACUACUUUUGGGGGUAACAAACUAUAUGUGUUAGCUUUCGGUCAUCCAGCAGAUCGUCAUAAAGCAGAAAUCCCUGAAGUAAAGCUGAUUGCUAACAUGCACGGAAAUGAGGCUGUUGGUCGGGAACUAAUGCUUCGUUUGGCGGACUAUAUCUGUUAUCAAUACCUGAACGGUGAUGAAUUUGUCAAUUGGCUCGUACUGAACACUAGGCUUCAUAUAAUGCCAUCAAUGAAUCCUGAUGGAUUUGAAUUGGCUACACCUGGAGAUGAAAUGAAAGGUCGCACAAAUGGCAAUAAUGUGGACUUGAAUCGUAACUUCCCAGAUUCCGACAGACUUUUCUACCAAUGGUCAGCAGUCGAUAACAGUGAAAGAUUUCAUUUUUUUAAUGAUUACUACAGAUCUCCCAAGCCUGAAAUAGAGACUAUGAUGGUUGAAGAAUGGCUUGAAGCAGUACCUUUUGUCCUCUCAGCGAAUAUUCAUGGAGGAGCCCUAGUCGCCAACUAUCCUUUUGAUGGUUCCAUUGAUGGUACAAGACGAAAGUCCCCAACACCCGAUGAUUCAAUUUUUGUGAGUUUGGCUGAAGCAUACUCCGGCUAUCAUCCACAAAUGAAAACUGGCAAAGUCGUUUGUCACUAUGAUAAUGCUUUUCCAAAAGGCAUAACAAACGGUGCUGCUUGGUAUCCAGUCGAAAGUGUUGAAUAA